AUGGAAAUCGGUCUCGACCCUUCACUUGAACUAUCGUCGGAACCCUUGCCGCUGCCGCCGCCGCCGCCAACUACGCAUUUCGACGUUCACAUCCGCAAACAUGCUUUGUCUCUCGAACGGGAUGACGAACCCUCUUACAAACGGCAGAAAUCAUCUCUCCCAGGUAUGGUCGGUAUGACCAAGGAGGAACAUGCUUGGGCGGCGGGUUGGAGGUCGAAGAGACCUAUUUUGCCUGAACGUCCAGCUCUAGUAUCUGGCUUUCGUAGAGCUGACGAGGACUUACGGCAACUUUAUGUCCCAGGCACUACCGACAACCGACAUGCUGGUCAGUGGUACAUAGAGAGAUCCGCCUUGCCCUCCAUGUCAGGCUAUUCCCAACAUGGUAGGCAGCCUGAGUUCGUCACCCAGGAUAUGAUGAUGGCCGAGACUCAGCGUGAAGACGUGUUUGCCCUUGACGCUGACGUUCAUAUGCACGCCGAAGAUGUAGAAUCUCCGCUCCAUCUGGGCACUUCCCCUCACGUCGUGACACUUGCUACGAGACAAGAGCACAGGCCCGAACUGCCCCUGCGGCCCCUUGAUCCCACGCACCUACGCACAGAGUUUCCGUAUAUCUCACGCGGAAACACGGCGCUCGGAGACUCGCAGAAUGGGCCGAUCUACAGCGAUAGAGAUAUGCCGUACGGACUGCCUUCAUCGAGUGCACUCGUUGUCAUUACUGGGCAGGCUCCAGCUCAAUAUGAUGCGAAAAGGCAUGACGUGCCUUUGACUGAGGUCAGUCCGAGCCCUCUCAUCGUUAACUACGUUAACCCGAAGGCACAGGGGGAUGUUCAUAUGGAUACUCCGGUUGCAGUCUCGGUUGAACGUGCCAACGCAACAAGCAUCGACAGCGCCGAGAGCUUGGUUUACAAGUCGAACUCGACGCAGGUCCUGACCGGGCCUGGUAUACCGCCAGCACCAUCCGCUCGCCCUCUGCACAAUCACUACGCUGCCCAAUGGGCCCUUGGGAAUACAGCGAGCGUCAGGAACGCCGAGGGUUGGGCUCCCAAUGUGAACUCGACGCAGGUCUUGUCCGGGCCUGGUAUACCGCCACCGCCCGCUGCUUUCCGUGGAUCCUUACCCCAUGUUCACGCUACUCCGUGGGCACUUGGGGCCGCAAUAAGCAGUAACAGCGACCAGGAUCGGGCUUCUACGGCGAACUCGACGCAGGUCCCGUUCUCUCCUAACAUAUCAUCAACGCCGUCCCAUCCGAUGCAUGGUCCGAAUCACGGAGCCGUGUCUGUCGCCAAUUCUUCUCAGGAUCUGGCUGGUUCUCGUAGACCGUCGGCUUCGUCCGCCCCGAAGGGUCUUCUACAUAAUGAACACGUUGGCCCGCAGGAGCAUAGUAGUAUGCAUAUGAAUCCACGGAUGGCUACCGCUCACAAGACUACGGCUAUUACCAACAUCGAAAGUCGGGCUCCCAGCGCGAACUUGACCCAGGUUUUGUCUGGUUCCGGUAUACCGCCAGUGUCAUCCUCGCCGACCCUUAAUGAUGCCAGGGCUGGCGCCGCACAGGUAAUCACUUCGUUGCCUGAGCAACAGUUGCCGUAUUCGGAUGCACCCACUGCUCAGCAAGCCCAGUCCUCCUCAUUCCCAGAGGCUAGCCAACUUCAUCAACAUAUCUCCUUCGCUCCUCCCAUGAAGGAUGCUGAAUCCGAGAUGUACGAUUUCAAUCAGCUAAUCUCACGAGGGGCCCGUGGCUUCCCACCAGAAGUCAAAAUGCCGUCCGGGUUGCUCCUUGACCUUAAGCGAACUGUGCGUAUCACAAGUUCAGUCAAGUAG